GCGGGCUCAUAGGUGCUAUGCUAACUAGGGGGCGGCUAGUGCGGAAUGAGUAGGUGACGUCAGCGCUCGUCCAGCGGACAGAGCGCGCGCGUGCGUGCGCGCGUGUGUGUGUGUGUGUGUGUGUCUGCGCGCGUGUGUGUAUAACAAACAUGGCGACAGGAUGGUGCGGAAGGAAGGGGAGCGCGCUAACUUUGAUGGUUUUUCUUUGCACCGGAGUUUGCACGAGCCCGGCGGAGACCGGCGCGGGGGACGCAGGCGAGAGUCGCAUCCUCGGCAUGCGGCUGCAAAGCAGCGACAAGCCGGCCACGACCGCCGAGGACGGCGUGAUCCAGGUGACCGAGGAGAGCAGCGUGUCUCUCCGCUUCUAUGGGCUGCACCUCAGCAACGAUACCCGGGCGCAGAUCAGGUUCGUGGACCUCGGGGGGGACGCCGGCGGCGGCGGUGGUGGUGGAGGAGGAGGAGGUGGCGACGAGGAGAAGCUGAACGGUACCUGCGCUGAUUUCACCAAAGACAUCUUCGUGAGGGGCAACAUGAACGUGAGUAAGCAGGGCACCUCCGCGGUGCUGCGCUUAAAAGUCAAACUGCUGCGCAAAGGCGAGACACACAGGGACUACGGGGUGUGCACCAGGAACGAGAGGGAUGGCAAGUGGUACCUGCUGGGCGAGCAGGACGGCAUGCUGCGCGUGGUGGAGGAGAAGAAGUCCUUGCUCCCCCUGUGGUUCCAGGUGAUCCUGAUCUGUGGUCUUUUGUUGCUGUCAGGUAUGUUCAGUGGUCUCAACCUGGGCCUCAUGGCUUUGGACCCUAUGGAGCUGCGCAUUGUGCAGAGCUGUGGCACGGACAAAGAGAAAAAGUAUGCUCGAAAGAUUGAGCCCAUUCGAAGGGAAGGGAACUACCUGCUUUGUUCACUCCUUCUCGGUAAUGUGUUGGUCAACACGACUCUUACCAUCCUCCUGGAUGACCUUAUAGGUUCAGGUGUGGGUGCUGUGGUGGCCUCCACCAUUGGCAUUGUCAUAUUUGGUGAAAUUGUGCCUCAGGCCCUAUGCUCUCGCCAUGGCUUGGCAGUAGGUGCCAACACCAUCUUGCUCACCAAGUUCUUCAUGCUGCUCACCUUUCCUUUGUCCUACCCCAUCAGCAAGCUGCUGGACUGCGUCUUGGGCCAGGAGAUGGGCACGGUCUACAACCGUGAGAAGCUGGUGGAGAUGCUGAAAGUGACAGAGCCCUACAAUGACUUGGUGAAAGAGGAGCUCAACAUGAUCCAGGGUGCACUGGAGCUCAGGACUAAGACCGUGGAGGAUGUCAUGACUCCUCUAAAUAACUGUUUCAUGAUUCACAGCGACGCCGUCCUUGACUUCAACACCAUGUCGGAGAUCAUGGAGAGUGGCUACACGCGCAUCCCUGUGUUCGAGGAUGAGCGCACCAACAUUGUGGACAUCCUCUUUGUGAAGGACCUGGCCUUCGUGGAUCCAGAUGACUGCACGACCUUGAAGACCAUCACCAAGUUCUACAACCACCCGGUCCACUUUGUUUUCCACGACACCAAGCUGGAUUCCAUGUUGGAGGAGUUUAAGAAAGGUAAAUCCCACCUGGCCAUCGUCCAAAAGGUGAAUAAUGAGGGGGAGGGUGAUCCAUUCUAUGAGGUUUUGGGAUUGGUCACUUUGGAGGACGUCAUCGAGGAGAUCAUCAAAUCAGAGAUCCUGGAUGAAUCGGACCUUUACACUGACAAUCGUACCAGGAAAAAAGUGGCGCCCAAUAAGAACAAGCGGGACUUCUCCGCCUUCAAGCACGAGAGUGAAUCUAAAGUCAAGAUUUCUCCUCAGCUGCUGCUGGCUGCCCACCGCUUCCUAGCCACAGAGGUGAAUUUGUUCUGUCAGUCCCAGAUCUCAGAGAAGAUUCUGUUGAGGAUCUUGAAGCACCCAGAUGUGAUCCAAGAGAUCAAAUUCAACGAGAACGACAAACGGUCGCUCCAGCACUACGUCUACCAGCGCGGCAAAGCCGUCGACUACUUCGUCCUCAUACUGCAGGGUCGUGUGGAAGUGGAGGCUGGUAAUGAAAAUAUGAAGUUUGAGACGGGUCCCUUCUCCUACUAUGGUUUCAUGGCACUUAGUGCCCCCACGCUAGAGUUCCGCUCGCCGUCUCAUCUCAGCGGUUUGAACCGUUCAGCAUCUCUGAACUACACUGACCGCACUGAGUCGCAGUCCAUUAGUGGCAGCAACACACAGCUCAACAGUGCCCCAUCUCCACAGUACAUCCCCGACUUCAACGUACGUGCACUGACAGACCUUCAGAUUGUCAAGAUCACAAGAUCACAGUAUCAGAAUGGUCUCAUUGCGUCUCGGUUGGACAGCUCACCCCAAUCUCCAGACAGCGGACACACACAUAUGGACCAGAACAUGCCUGUGGAGAACAACGCAUCUGUAGUGCCUCAGUCUAUUUCAGAAAACACACUCACACUGCCCCUCACGGACACACCCCCGGAUGAACACACGUCGCUCCUGAAUGAGCAGAACUGCUUGCCUGCGCGCCAGGCCGGCCACAGCAUACACAGCGAUAGCUCCAUCUGACAAACACUUACUCACACACACAUUUUAAACAGACUGCUGUAUGUGCACAGAGACUGACGUCAAUAACAGGAGAUGUCAAAAUCCAGGAGAAGAUAAGACUUAUUCACUUACUUACUCACAUAUAUACACACACGCACUCGGUUGACAUCCUGAUAUUCUCCAGUCACACAAACCCACAGUACAUGCGCCAAAACAGUUGCCAACAAAAGGAUGUAGACCAUCUGGGUGUGCAAGAGAGACAAAGAGAGAGAGAGAGUGCGUGUUUUCUGGAUCCUGGAAGAGAUGACCACUGAACUGACCAGUGUUAGUGUGAACUGAAAGGAUUCCCUCUCCAAACACAAUCCUUGGGGCAUUUUUUAAGAAUUUGCACAAAUUGGAGAGGGGAUGCUUCUUUAUAAACCAAAAGAGAGAUUUUAUUUUCGCACUUUUAAAGAAAGAAUGCUUAGUGUGUCAGUGUGAUUCUCUGUGAGACAAAAUGUUGACAUUAUAGCAACAGUCACAUUUACAGUUUUUCCCCUUCGUCAAACGUAGGCGAUCAGACGUUUAAUGUCUGAAAUUUUCUGUGUUUUAGUUUUACACUUCAGCUAGUAUUUAAUGGAAGCUUAUGCCAGCCAUCUUGAGGCCUAAUUUCUGUCAGUGUUUGACAUACAGUGUCGGAAAACACAUAAGCAAGCUUUUUUUAAGAUCGACACAGUUUGAGGCAGUUUGUCCAGUGCAAAAUGGUGGUGUAUAAUUUUCCAUUACUUGUUAGCUACAUUAGCCUCAUAGAUUCAGUGAAGAACUAAAGAAGCAAAUACUGCUGAUCGACUACAUUUGGGGUAACAUGGAAAUUAUAGAAGUUAUCACUUUAAAUCACAUUGAAUCUAAACUGUAGGAAAACAUGCAUGCAUAUGUGGGACGGACAAGUGAAGCAAAGUAAGUGUGUGAGAAGGUGAAAAUGAGCAAAAAAUAGUGCAUACAAGAAAGUUAAAGAGGAAUCCCACUUUUUUUUAUUAUUUCUGCAUAAUUUAUUCAUUGAGAUCUAUACAGUCAUUCAGAGUGGUAUUAUGUGAUGUGUGCAUUGUAGAGAAACUCACUGAUUUAUUUAUAGUGGGGGUGAUAGGAACC